AUGACCAAGCUAUGCCCAAGAUGGAACUUUCACUCCAACCACCAAUCUGAUGAGGAUGGAAGGAUUAUACUACUCUGGAAACAUCCCAUUAAACUCCGUGUUCUCCACCAGAGUAGUCAAAGCAUCACAAGCAUCAUAGAAUUACCAAAUUCUGAGCCACUCUACUACUCGGCUGUGUACGCAUCAAACCUGUCUGCUGACCGGUCAGAUCUCUGGGCUGAACUGAUGUAUCUCCAUGACACUUAUGAUCUACAACAUAAUCGAUGGGUUGUUGGUGGGGAUUUCAACCAAAUCAUUAUGCCAACAGAGCACUCUUCACACUCUGUGGAUGCCCAAGACACUCAAAUGUACCAAUUCCAAGACUGUCUGCUGCAGAAUGGUCUUUUCGAUCUGAGAUAUAACGGUCCUGGCCAUACGUGGACAAACAACCGGCAAGACAUGCCAAUAGCAAAGAAGCUAGACAGGCUGCUUGUUAACUGCAACACAAUCUCAGCCUACCCUCAUGCUGUAGCUACCUUCCUACCUCCGUCUAUCUCUGACCAUGCACCCUGCCUCCUAGAUCUAGCCGUUCAACUACCCAAAGCAGGAACCCAGCCUUUUAAAUUCCAAAAUUAUCUAACCAAACACCCGGAGUUCACCUCGGUACAGGCCCUUCAGAACCCAACGCCACAACUGUUUCAGGAGGAGAAAGACUUACACGAUCGAUGGAUCUUCCUGAGGCAAAUUGAAGAAUGUUUCUUCAGACAAAAAUCAAGAAUAAACUGGCUAGCUGAGGGAGACCUAAAUACCACUUACUUCCAUCGAAUGUGUCAGGUCCGUGCAAGCUACAAUGCGAUCCGUCUCUUCAUCACAGAUGCAGGAAUUCUGAUCACCGAUCCUAUCGAGAUGAGUCAACUGGCCAUCAUGCAUUUCCAGUCUGUCCUAGGUCCUCAGAACAAUAUCUCGCAGCAAAUCAACUCCCCCCUUCCUGGCCCUGAUGGACUUACCUCUGGUUUCUUCAAAGCAAGCUGGGACAUUCUAGGGGAAGAGGUCGUUGCUUCAGUUCAACAUUUCUUUGCAGCCUCUUUUCUACCUGCAGCGGCAAAUGCAACUAUCCUCUCUCUUGUUCCGAAGUUUCCAGGAGCAAGCAACAUCACAGAAUACCGGCCAAUAUCCUGCUUGAAUACGGUGUAUAAGGUUAUCUCAAGGCUACUAGUGGCUCGACUCAAACCCAUCGUACCUAAUCUAAUCCUUCCUAGUCAAACUGCUUUUGUGAAGGACAGAUUACUUGUAGAGAAUACUACUCUAGCUAGUGAAUUGGUCAACGGGUAUCACAAGAAUAAAGGAGAAAAGAGAACUACCAUUAAAGUGGAUAUCGCUAAGGCGUUUGACACUCUCUCUUGGGAUUUCCUCCUGUCCUGUCUCCAGGGGCUUCAACUGCCGCUAAAGUUCUUUUCCUGGAUCAAAGCCUGCAUAUGCACAACCAGUUUCAUGGUGGGGUAUAAUGGUAUGGUUAAUGGUUAUUUUAAGGGAAAGCGCGGGCUCAGACAAGGAGAUCCACUAUCUCCUUACCUCUUUGUCAUGGCUAUGAACUGUCUAUCGAUGAUGUUGAAUCAAGCAGCUGCAAAUGAAAGGAUAAACUAUCAUGAUAAAUGUGAUGCAAUGAAACUUACCCAUUUAUCUUUUGCAAAUGACUUACUGAUAUUCAUUGAUGGAUCUUUGAGGUCUGUCCAGAAUGUGCUACAGGUACUAAAGGAGUUUGAGUUGAGAUCGGGUCUUGCAGUCAGUUUCCAAAAGACAAGCUUCUAUGCGUCGGGGCUAACAGAGCAAGAAAUAAAUACCAUCCAGGCUUCGACGGGCAUGGUUAAUGGCUCGCUUCCUUUCAGAUAUUUGGGAGUUCCACUAAACUCCAAAAAACUCUCAUUGGCAAACUGCGAACCACUGCUUCAUCAAGUUAAAAACCGCCUCUCAUCUUGUUUCUUCCUUUGGAAAGGAAACUUAGAAGGCCACCAUUCCGCCAAGGUAGCGUGGGAGAAAGUCACACUCACCAAAGAUCAGGGAGGGCUAGGCGUUAAGGACCUACUCAUUUGGAACAGAUCCUGCACUUUGCGCCUCAUAUGGAUAAUUUUCUUCCGUGAAGAUUCGGUUUGGGCGUCUUGGUUCAAGGAAGUGAUCCUCAAUGGCUCCUUGCAUAACUACUGGACAAUAAAGCCUAGUCACAAGUACCCUUGGUUAGUAAACAAACUCAUCAAGUUGAAGACAGUAGUGUUUCCUUUGAUCAAAAUGAGGCUCGGAAAUGGACAGUCGGCUCGUUUUUGGCUGGAUAACUGGGCCCCUGAUGGCUGUAUCUCCUCACUGCAGGCUCCCUCCGGCUCACGCCUAGUUAUCCCUCUGCACGCUACCAUUGCUUCUCUUAACAGAAAUGGAAAUUGGCACCUCCCUCCGGCACGAUCAGAAGCGAUGUUGGAGUUGUACACAUUCAUUACCACAAUAGUCUUAACUGAGGAGCAUGAUUAUUAUGAGUGGGAAAUACAAGGAAAGGUCAAAGCGAAGUUUAGUACUGGAGAGCUUUAUACUUACUUGAUUGGAGAAGUACAAGACCAAGACUGGGCGCCGGUUAUCUGGUUCUCACGCUCCAUUCCAAGACACUCUUUCCACUCAUGGCUGAUGAUCUUAAAUAGAUGUCCAACCAAAGAUAGGAUGCUUCAGUGGGGACUCCAAGUUGACUCGACUUGCCUCCUCUGUAAUGCGCACUCGGAAUCAAGGAACCAUCUCUAUUUUGAUUGCUGCUAUAGUUUCGAUCUUUGGGCAUUGAUAGCGCAGAGAUGCAGGAUCACUCCUAGGCGGAACUGGGAUGAAACGGUCUCGCAGAUGAAAGCGCUCCCGUCGCGAAAAGUAGACCGACUCUUGACUCUUCUCUCAUGGCAGGCUGCUCUUUAUUGGAUUUGGAAUGAGCGAAACUCUCGCAUGCACACCAACGUUUUUUGA